AUGGCCAAUCCCAGUGUACAGGGGGAGUUGAACUAUGACAAUUCGUUCCAGGUUUCCCCACGUUCGACGCUCAAGACCGACUUCGAUGCGCCGGUUCUAUCGAAAAUUUCCCAAAGCGGUAUUGGACAGGUCGGGCCAUUCCUAAGAUUCGCGGAUUGCUGCAUUGCAUAUCUGAUUUCGUGA